AAAUAGAGACGCAUGACCCUCAUGCGUCUUUAUGAAAGACGCAUAAUUGUCAUGCGUCUCAUUAAAAGGAGACGCAUGAAGGUCAUGCGUCUCUCCCAAAUCCGGAAAAAAAAGUCCAGUACAAACGGGGAAUGAUAGUUGUGGUCUAGCACAAAAAUAGAAAAAACCCCUCUAUCUCUCCGAUUCUCUUCGCCCAAAACGGGCAGGUCCAGAAUGUCCGUCGCCGUCUCCAAUUCCGCCAGAGCUGUCGGUCGUCUUCAGCGUCCAGCCACCGCCGCCAAUCCUACGGAAGAGCUGCUGCUGUCUCGCCGGGCGGACGCUGCUGUCGCCGCUGCACAGAGUCGUCGCUGCAGUUCGCAUCUGCUCCGUCUGCACAGAGCCGUCGGCUGCUGUUCGCCGCUGCUCCGUCGGUGGUCGUGCAGCCCCGAAACAUCACCGCAGCCCCCGAUUCGUCCCGAAACCAACCCGAGCAGCCCCGAAACCAACCCGAUUUCAACCGAACAGAUCGGUUCUCAUUCAAAAUCUUUUGGGAUGAAGACUCACAGUUCUAAUCAUGAGAUUGAUAUGGAGAGCGGGAGAUUGGUAGAGGACAAAGAACGACCUUUACGAAGUAAGAGAGUAAUUACAAUACAUAAUCAGGCCCUGUUGUCUGGUUUCGCAUACUGUAUCUCAUCAUGCAGCAUGAUACUGGUGAACAAGUAUGUCCUCUCCAGUUAUGACUUUAAUGCUGGAAUAUCUUUGAUGCUCUACCAGAAUCUUGUCUCUGUAAUCAUUGUUUCCAUCUUAAGCCUCCUCGGCGUAGUUAAGACCGAACCACUUACCUGGAGAUUAAUCAAAGUCUGGCUGCCGGUCAAUGUAAUUUUUGUUGGGAUGCUAGUCACAAGUAUGUUUAGUCUACGAUACAUAAACGUGGCCAUGGUCACAGUUCUGAAGAAUGUAACCAAUGUGAUAACCGCUGUAGGUGAAAUGUAUAUGUUCAACAAGCACCAUGACAACAGAGUUUGGGCAUCUCUUUUUAUAAUGAUAAUCUCAGCAAUAUCAGGAGGAAUCACGGAUCUCUCAUUUCAUGCUAUUGGAUACACAUGGCAGUUUAUCAACUGUUUCUUGACAGCAUCAUACUCUUUGACGUUGCGGCGGGUCAUGGAUACUGCAAAGCAAGUCACUAAUUCUGGAGAGUUGAAUGAGUUCUCAAUGGUCUUGCUAAACAAUACCCUCUCCUUGCCCCUAGGAGUUUUGCUCGUUUUUGUUUUCAACGAGGUCGAUUAUCUUUUGCAAACACCACUAUUGAGAUUGCCCACAUUCUGGCUGGUGAUGACUUUCAGCGGAUUUCUGGGUUUGGCGAUCAGCUUCACGUCGAUGUGGUUUCUCCAUCAAACAGGAGCUACUACUUACAGCCUCGUUGGGUCGUUGAACAAGAUACCCCUUUCUAUUGCUGGAAUCUUCAUCUUCAAAGUCCCAACAAGUUUAGAGAACUCUGCAAGCAUUUUCUUCGGGUUGUUGGCUGGAGUGCUUUUCGCAAGAGCCAAAAUGCGUUAAGUGUUUAGAUCUCAUUUUUUGAAGGAUCCAAUUCUUUAUUGUGAGGAUGAGAUAUUGUAAUCUUGGUAAUGUAGUUGUAACAUUUCCCGAAAGAAAGAGGAAAAGUAAAAAAGACUAUGUAGAAGAGUUUUCAAUUCAUUUAAAAAAAUCCAAUUCUAGAAUUUAAAAUUUGUUAAAAA